AUGAUCUCGGCGAAAAACGGAGCUGCGAUGAUCUCUCGGCCUGUGUUCCUUUCGGAUCGAGUUGAUGAAGUUUUCUCCAGAAAGCUUGAUUUGUCGGCUUCUUCUUCUUCGUCCUCUUCAACUCUCCAGCACUUCAAUAAGUCUCAUGAAGCUGAUGAUGACGCACGCUUGUCUCUUGCUCAUCAACUGUACAAAGCAGGCGAAUUCAAGCAAGCCCUGGAGCACAGCAACAUGGUUUACCAGAGAAACCCAUUACGCACUGAUAAUCUUCUUCUUAUUGGUGCUAUUUAUUACCAGCUCCAAGAUUAUGAUAUGUGCAUUGCUAGAAAUGAAGAAGCUCUUCGUAUUCAACCUCAGUUUGCCGAGUGUUAUGGAAACAUGGCAAACGCAUGGAAGGAAAAAGGAGACACUGAUCGUGCAAUCCGCUACUACUUGAUUGCUAUUGAGUUGAGGCCCAACUUUGCCGAUGCUUGGUCGAAUCUGGCUAGUGCAUACAUGCGAAAGGGAAGACUCAGUGAGGCAACACAAUGCUGUCAGCAAGCCCUCUCAUUGAAUCCGCUUCUGGUUGAUGCACAUAGUAAUCUGGGGAAUCUAAUGAAGGCUCAAGGAUUGAUUCAGGAAGCAUACAGUUGUUACCUUGAAGCUGUUCGCAUACAACCAACGUUUGCUAUUGCGUGGUCUAAUCUUGCUGGUCUUUUCAUGGAGUCAGGUGAUCUCAAUAGAGCCCUUCAAUACUACAAGGAAGCUGUGAAGUUGAAACCUGCAUUCCCUGAUGCAUAUUUAAAUCUUGGAAAUGUGUACAAGGCUCUGGGGAGACCUACAGAGGCAAUCAUGUGUUAUCAGCAUGCCUUACAGAUGCGGCCAAAUUGUGCGGUGGCAUUCGGAAAUAUAGCCAGUAUAUACUAUGAGCAAGGUCAGCUAGAUUUAGCAAUUCGACACUACAAGCAGGCUCUCUCCCGAGAUCCACGUUUUUUAGAGGCUUACAACAAUUUGGGUAAUGCGUUGAAGGACAUCGGUCGAGUAGAUGAAGCAAUUCGGUGUUAUAAUCAAUGUCUUGCUUUACAACCAAAUCAUCCACAAGCAAUGGCCAACCUUGGAAAUAUAUAUAUGGAGUGGAACAUGAUGGGUCCUGCUUCCUCAUUAUUCAAGGCUACUUUGGCUGUAACGACAGGGCUAUCUGCUCCUUUCAAUAACCUUGCAGUGAUCUAUAAACAACAGGGAAAUUACACGGAUGCUAUAUCCUGCUAUAAUGAGGUUCUUCGUAUUGACCCGUUGGCUGCUGAUGCUCUUGUUAAUCGAGGCAAUACUUACAAAGAGAUCGGGAGGGUAACUGAAGCCAUUCAGGAUUACAUGCAUGCUAUUAAUUUCCGGCCUACAAUGGCUGAAGCUCAUGCAAACCUGGCCUCAGCUUACAAGGAUAGUGGGCAUGUGGAAGCCGCCAUAACGAGCUAUAAGCAGGCUUUGCUAUUACGACCAGACUUCCCAGAAGCAACUUGCAACCUUCUGCACACCUUGCAGUGUGUCUGCUGUUGGGAGGACCGCAGCAAAAUGUUCUCUGAAGUUGAAGGCAUUAUUAGGAGGCAAAUAAAUAUGUCGGUCCUUCCAAGUGUCCAGCCCUUCCAUGCAAUAGCAUAUCCUAUCGAUCCUAUUCUUGCCCUUGAAAUCAGUCGUAAAUAUGCUGCACACUGCUCUAUCAUUGCUUCCCGUUUUGGACUACCUCCUUUUAACCAUCCAGCUGGGCUCCCUGUAAAACGUGAGGGAGGAUAUAAGAGAUUAAGGAUUGGAUAUGUGAGCAGUGAUUUUGGUAAUCAUCCAUUGUCACACCUCAUGGGAUCAGUGUUUGGGAUGCACAACAGAGAAAACGUUGAGGUGUUCUGCUAUGCAUUGAGUCCAAAUGACGGUACUGAGUGGAGACAGCGUACUCAGUCAGAAGCUGAGCAUUUCCUGGAUGUUUCUGCCAUGUCGUCCGAUGCUAUCGCCAAGACUAUAAAUGAAGACAAAAUCCAGAUCCUCAUCAAUCUAAAUGGUUACACCAAGGGAGCCAGGAAUGAAAUAUUUGCUAUGCAGCCUGCACCUAUCCAGGUUUCGUAUAUGGGCUUCCCGGGUACUACUGGGGCAACCUACAUCGACUAUUUAGUUACUGAUGAGUUCGUGUCUCCUCUGCAAUAUGCACAUAUUUACUCAGAGAAGCUUGUCCAUCUUCCCCACUGCUACUUUGUCAAUGAUUACAAGCAGAAAAAUCAGGAUGUGUUGGAUCCAAGUUCUAAGCCCAAGCGAUCUGACUAUGGACUUCCUGAAGACAAAUUCAUAUUUGCAUGCUUCAACCAACUGUACAAAAUGGAUCCUGAGAUCGUCAAUACUUGGUGCAACGUUCUUAAAAGAGUACCCAACAGUGCUCUUUGGCUUCUCCGUUUCCCUGCAGCUGGAGAGAUGAGGUUUCGAGCAUAUGCUGCUGCCCAAGGUGUGCAGCCUGAUCAGAUCAUCUUCACUGAUGUUGCCAUGAAGAAUGAACAUAUAAGACGAAGUGUCCUUGCAGAUGUAAUCCUCGACACGCCUCUGUGUAACGGACACACUACAGGAACAGAUGUGCUGUGGGCUGGUGUGCCAAUGAUAACACUACCGCUAGAGAAAAUGGCAACUCGAGUGGCUGGAUCACUCUGCCUGGCAACUGGUCUGGGACAUGAGAUGAUUGUUAACAGCUUGGAGGAAUACGAAGAGAAGGCAGUCUCUUUGGCGCUGAACAAGCCAAAACUUGAGGCACUGACCAAGGAAUUGAAAGCUAGCCGCUUAACCUGUCCUCUAUUCGACACCAUGCGCUGGGUGAAGAAUCUAGAGAGGUCAUACUUCAAAAUGUGGAACCUCCAUUGCUCUGGGAAGCAGCCUCAACACUUCAAAGUUAUUGAAAACGACCUCGAAUUCCCACAUGACAGAUAA